AGAACUAAAGUACGUAUUGAAACAAAAUUAAGUGCGCAACCCUAAAAUAGUCAUUUUGCGCGCUGCUUUCUCCUUAUAUUUGGGCUUCAUCUGGAGUCUGGACUACGCUUUUCAGUAUACGAAAACCCCUCCUCAAGAAAUAUUCAGUCUCUGUGCAAUUACAACUCCAAGAAAAAAUGGCAACGGAACUACCAAAACCGGCAACCGAAGACGUAAAGUUUGAUUUGUUUGAAGAUGAUGAUGAGUUUGAAGAAUUUGAGAUUGAUGAAGAGUGGGAGUUAAAGGAAGAAGGAAAGGAGAUUACACAGCAAUGGGAAGAUGACUGGGAUGAUGAUGAUGUCACUGACGAUUUCUCUUUACAACUGAGGAGGGAACUUGAGAAUAACACUGAGAACAACAACUAAGCUGGACUUAUGCAUUCCUCUGCACUGAAUGCAUUCCUCUGCACUGAACUUGUCUGAAUCGGGGUUAUUUUUUUUGUUUGAUUUUCUUUUCCAUGCAAAGCGAAUGAAGGAAUGAGCUGUAACUCUUUAUGCUUGGAUGUACUGGUAGAAACUUAAAAAGCAGAAACUGGUUUGAUGGUUCUCUAAAAUAUAGACAUUUGAUUUA